AUGACCUGGCUAACGACAGUUUGCAAAAAGCAAACCAGAGAGCAAACACUCAACACGAAUAAAGCUAAGAACGUGGUGUUUUUCGUCGGAGAUGGGAUGGGUAUAACAACCGUGACGGCUGCGAGGAUUCUCAAGGGGCAGCUGGAAGGAGAUCACGGGGAAGAAACAGACCUCGAAUGGGAUAAGUUCCCUAGUGUAGCUUUGUCAAAGCUAAUAAAUGCUAGUUAUUUACUUAGGUUUUCGUUGCUUUGUGUGCUUUCUAAAGGCAAGGCAACGGGAUUCGUCACCACUGCCCGUGUGACACACGCUACCCCUGCCGCACUUUACGCACAUUCGCCCCAUCGAGACUGGGAGUGUGACUCUGAUAUACCGCAGAAGGAAACUGACAUCGGUUGCAUUGACAUCGCUCAGCAACUCAUAACACUCGGACAGGAUACCCAUGUUAUAAUGGGUGGGGGAAGGAUGAAAAUGUUACCGAGAGAAGCUGCCGACCCAGAGUAUCCUGAAGACUCUUCUAAAGCUGGAUCUAGAAAUGAUGGACGAAAUCUCAUUGACGAAUGGCAAGCAGGUAAAGACAAGACAAACAGCAAGUACGUGUGGAAUUUGGAACAAUUUAAAGACGUCAAUCCACUUGAAACUGACAACCUUUUAGGUUUGUUUGAGCCCAGUCAUAUGCAAUUUGAAGGUAACCGAAUGAAUGACGUAGGGGGUGAGCCCUCAUUGUCUGAGAUGGUAGAAAAGGCCAUUGAGAUACUUCAGAAGGACCAAGACGGGUUCUUCCUCAUGGUUGAGGGUGGCCGAAUUGACCAUGCGCAUCAUGACGGGUUAGCCUACCACGCCCUGCAUGAUACCAUUGCAAUGGAUAAGGCUGUAGCCAAGGCGAUGUCAAUGACCAAUGAAAUGGAGACUCUAUUUAUUGUAACUGCCGACCAUAGCCAUGUGUUCUCUAUAGGAGGAUCAGCUGAUCGUGAUAGUCCAAUACUCGGCAGAGGAGAUUUAGGUCUGAUGAAUGACGGUUUGCCAUUUACAACACUCUCAUAUGCAAACGGCCCUGGAGGAAAUGAGGAGUUAAACAGCUUUAAAAGUACUGGUUCGAGACGGAAUCUGACGGAUACCAACACAGAGGCUGCCGAUUUUCACCAUCCAGCGCUUGUCCAAAUUGAUUCAGAGACUCAUGGUGGAGAGGACGUCACUAUUUACGCCAAUGGACCAAUGUCGCAUCUUUUUCACGGGGUACAUGAUCAGCACUACAUUGCCCACGUGGUCAGAUAUGCUUCCGGGUUAAACUGCCACAAUGGAGCGCCCUCUACUGGACCAAAUUCCAUUUUGGCUUUACUGUUGUUUUCUUUCGUACGGAAGUUUAUAGAUUGA